AUGGGCGCAUCUCCCUUGGCUGCGGGGAGGUCAAGGCGGACGUUGGUUAGGGCAGCAGACGCGAGCGGCGGCGCCGCCCCGCAGGAGCCCGCUGCCCCGGCGGACCCGACCGCGUGGCUGGCGCCCGUCUGCUCCUUCCUCAGCGUCGCGUCCGCCGCGAAGGCCGCGGCCGGCGCGCUCGCGCCCUCGUACCUGCUGGCCCAAUUCUUCAAGCCGUGCUGCGCCUCCGCCCCGGAGCUCGUCGCGCUGUGCGGCGUGGUGACGGCGCCGGCCUGGCUGGUGGCGGGAUGGCUGCGGGCCCUCCAGGAGGCCAAGGUGCACAACCGCCUGGGGUCAGACACCUACAAGCGCCUCGCCCUGGGGCUGCUGUAUGCAGCGGUGCUGGCGCUGGUGGUCAACCUCAGAUUCAUCGCGAUGCUGGGGGCCGCGCUCGUCGGCUGGUCGUUCAUAAGUCUCGGGGCCACGGCCUACCUGUCCUCGCGCCUGUAUGAAGCCGGCAGCGGCGGCCGCAGCCCUCUUGCAGACCGGGUGGAGAUCGUCAAGUCGGCGUUUUCAAACGUCGCCAGCUGCCUGACUCUGCCCAAGAGCCUGUACGGCGCCUACUACUCUUUGGUGGCGGUCUCUUCCCUGGGCCUUUUUCUCUGGCUGUUCCCGGUUAAUGCAACGCCCCUGUUCCCCGCGGGCUUGGCCCCACUGGGGCAGUACCUCACACAGAUAUCGGCCGUGGGGGCGGUGCUGCAAGGCAUCACCGCGUUCACCCUGAAGGACGCCGCCGACCGCGGCCGCCUGGGGGCCAGCACCUUCAGGCUGCUCAACCUCGCACUCGCGGCCACCGUUGCGCAGCAGUGCUGGUUCUUCUAUUCGCUGGGCUCGUCCGGCGUGGAGCUGGCCCGGCCGCUGUGGCAGGGCAUCCUGGCGCAGGGGCUGGCGACAGUUGCAGUGUGCGACCUCGCGUGGCUCACCGCCAAGAAGUAA